CCUCAACACCACACACAUCCUCUUUACAAACCACACGCAACACCAUGUCGGCCGCAAUACCCUCCGUCGCCUGCCUCGGCGUCAUCGGCCGCAACAACAACCCCUUGCACAUCUCCAUCUUCCCAUCCUACGAUCCAACAGCCAACGCCUUCACGCCCGUCCGCAACCCGCUGCAGUUCUCUCUCCUACUCUCCUCGACAAUCGACGUCUUCGACCUGCGAUCCAAGAACAGCACGGCGUCGGGCGACUUUGGGCUGCUGCACGCCAUCGACGACCGCCUCGCGGCGUACGGCUUCGAGACCAACACGGGCGUCCGCAUGGUCUGCAUAGUGGACAUGCGCGGGCGACGCGUUGAAGCUGGCGGCAGCGCGGGCGCUGGCGGACCGUCGCAGUCCUCUACCUCGACGUCGUCAUCUUCCUCUGCGGCUGCUGCUGCGGCGGCGCGAGCGUCGAUGAGCAGCGUCGGCGCUGGGCUGCGGGAUGCGGAGCUGAGGCCGGUGUUUAGGGCCAUGCAGAGCGCGUACGUGAGACUGUUGCAGAAUCCGUUUUACGACCCUGAUGAGCAUGCGCCGCUGGGGGGCAAGGGCGGGCGGAGGAUCACGAGCAAGAAGUUUGGGGACGAUAUGAAGAGGAUAGGGGAAGGGUGGACGCCUGGGGUGACGGCCUUGUGAGCGAGAGGGGGGAGCGAGAGAAUGAGGGGAAUUAAAAAAAGUAAAGGCAUGGCGAUUGGGCAUUGCAUUGGCGUUUUAGGCAAGGAGGCUAUUUCCAUGAUAUCCGUUGAUAUAUCGAUUGUUUUGAUAUGGUGUGGAGCUGGCUGGAGUGCGAGAUUCGAUUUUGACAUUGGCCGACACACUAUUUCUUUCUGGGUGCCUGGCGAGUUUUUGUAGGAUUUUGUAAUUCUCAAUGUUGUUUAUAGUCUCAUCUUAGAAUACAUCUUUUCAAACGUCUAU